AUGCACAUCUCACAGAAACUCGCUCAGGCGAAGCGCGAAGGGAAGCCGACCUUCUCCUUCGAGUUCUUUCCGCCAAAGACCGCACAGGGUGUCCAAAACCUCUAUGACCGCAUGGACCGUAUGCACAGCUUCGGCCCACAGUUCAUCGACCUCACCUGGGGCGCCGGCGGCCGUCACUCCAAACUGACCUGCGAAAUGGUCAAGGUCGCACAGUCCGUCUACGGUCUCGAGACCUGCAUGCACCUUACCUGCACCGACAUGGAAAAGUCCAAGCUCGACGAGGCCCUUCGGGAAGCAUACCAGGCCGGCUGCACAAAUAUUCUGGCCCUGAGAGGUGAUCCACCCCGUGAACGAGAAAAGUGGGAGGCAACGGCUGGCGGAUUCCGUUACGCAAAGGACCUGGUUGUCUACAUCAAGGAAAAGUACGGAAACCACUUCGAUAUCGGCGUUGCAGGAUACUCGGAAGGCAGCGAUGACAACGACGAUGUCGAUGAGCUCAUUGACCACUUGAAGGAAAAGGUCGAUGCUGGAGGCUCCUUUAUUGUAACGCAAAUGUUCUACGACACAGACCUCUUCCUCGAGUGGGUACGAAAAGUCCGUGCCAAGGGCAUCGACGUUCCCAUUAUUCCCGGCAUCAUGCCCAUCCAUACUCACGCCGCCUUUCUACGAAGAGCCCAAUGGACAAAAUGCCACAUUCCCGAUGACUGGACAAAGGCUCUGGAACCUGUCAAGAACGACGAUGUUGAAGUCCGUGAAGUUGGCAAGACAUUAGUGGCUGACAUGUGCCGGAGGCUGAUUGACGCCGGCAUUACCCAUUUGCACUUCUACACAAUGAACCUUGCUCAAGCCACACGCAUGGUUCUCGAGGAGCUUGAACUUUUGCCAGAUGUAGAAUCCCCGCUCGAGAAGCCCCUGCCAUGGCGACCCUCCUUGGCCCUCAACCGACGCGAGGAGAAUGUACGACCCAUAUUCUGGCGCAACCGACAACGGUCUUAUGUUGCACGCACUCAAGACUGGGACGAGUUUCCUAACGGCCGUUGGGGAGAUUCGCGAUCACCUGCUUUCGGCGAGUUGGAUUCAUAUGGCAUCGGUCUCAAGGGCACUAACGAGCAAAACAUCAAGCUAUGGGGCACGCCAUUGACCAUCCGGGAUCUUUCCAAUCUGUUUGUACGCUAUAUGGAGGGCAAACUAGAGUCGUUGCCAUGGAGUGAACAACCCAUCACCGCGGAGGCGUCAUCUAUUCGUGACGAUCUCAUCGACCUGAACAGACGUGGUUUCCUCACCAUCAACUCUCAGCCUGCUGUCAACGGCGUCAAAUCGUCUGAUCCUGUCUUUGGCUGGGGUCCACGCAAUGGUUAUGUCUACCAAAAGUCCUACCUCGAGGUCUUUGUCUCACCCGAGCACAUCGCCGAGAUCAUUACCCGUCUCGACCGCGAUCCAGAAUUCACCUACUAUGCUGUGAACAAGAAUGGCGACUUGAAGACGAAUGCCCCCAACGAAGGACCCAACGCUGUCACAUGGGGUGUCUUCCCAGGCAAAGAGAUUGUGCAACCAACAAUUGUCGAAACAGUCAGCUUUCUAGCCUGGAAGGACGAGUUCUACCGACUCGGCCAGCAGUGGGCAAAUUGCCACGCAGGUGUUAGCCCAUCGCGUUACGUCAUCCAGGACGUCAUUGACACUUGGUACCUUCUUAACAUCGUGCACAAUGACUUCCACGCUACCCGUGGCAUCUUCCCAAUCUUCAAUGACCUAGAGGUUAAGGAUAUGGACAAGCCGCUGCACACACCAUCUGCCGAUCUUCCUAAUGUAAAUGGCAGUGAGACUGCAAAUGGGACCAACGGCGUCAAUGGAACCAAUGGUACCCACAAGGAAGAGAGCCCAAGCCUCAUAGAUGUCGCCAAAGCAGCAGCGAUCGAGGUUACCAAUGGCAUGAAGAGCUUGGCUGUGUCUAGUUAA